CGGCCGUCAGCGACGCGGUCUCCGCGACCAUGUCCCGGCUGAGGUGCCGGGUUCUCCGGGCCCCGGCGCGGGUGGUCGACGCGGCAGGUCAGGCUACGUGGUGAGAGGCCGCCCACCUAGUUGUCAUUCCCUUGGAGCCUCAGCAGCCACUCGCUGCGACUGCGAGACACCUCCCCCCGACCGGGUGACUGUCGGGCUCCGUGCGCUGUGCCGGGCACGGUCCCUUUUCUUAGUGCAUUCGCGCCUCGCCUGCCCCGCGAGAGCCCUGUAAGGACUGCCAAGCAGUAAUGAAAGUUCUUUUGCUGAAGGAUGCUAAGGAGGAUGACUGUGGCCAGGAUCCAUAUAUCAGGGAAUUGGGAUUACAUGGACUUGAAGCCACUUUGAUCCCUGUUUUAUCAUUUGAGUUUUUGUCUCUUCCCAGUUUCUCUGAGAAGCUGUCUCAUCCUGAAGGUUACACGGGACUCAUUUUUACUAGCCCCAGAGCAGUGGAAGCAGUGGAGUUGUGUUUGGAGAAAAACAACAAAACCGAAGUCUGGGAGAAGUCUCUGAGAGAAAAAUGGAAUGCUAAGUCAGUGUAUGUGGUUGGAAAUGCUACUGCUUCUCUAGUGAAUAAAAUUGGCCUGGAUGCAGAAGGAGAAAACUGUGGAAGUGCAGAAAAGCUUGCAGAGUAUAUUUGUUCCAGGGAGUCAUCAGCAUUGCCUCUUCUGUUUCCCUGUGGAGCCCUCAAAAGAGAAAUCCUGCCUAAAAUGCUUAAGGACAAAGUAAAGGCUGUUUCCUGUUUCCUGGUUUGGAUUGUACCCAGGGAUUCCCAUGGAAAGCAUAACGGUCUAUCAGACAAUCCCACACCCAGGAAUCCAAGUGAAUCUGAACAGCUACUAUUCCAAACAGGGAGUUCCAGCCAGCAUCACAUUUUUCAGUCCCUCUGGCCUUGCAUACAGUCUCAAGCAUAUUCAAGAGUUAUCUGGUGACAGCAUGGAUCAAAUUAAGGAUUGAGGCCACUGCCACAGACCUGAGAGUCACUCUGGGAUCGCAGAUGCAAGUGGUACAGGAAGUUGCAGUGAAUCUGCUCUGAUCUCAGGGCAGACCCUGUACACUUUGCAAUUUAAAAUUGAACACGUGAAAGACUUCUAGGUGUGAAGGGUUAGGCACAUCCUCUCCAAAAGAAAAAAAGGGCAGAACUGGACAAAAUUCUCAAAAAUAACCAUUUCAGGGUUCUGGAAAUUGACCAAAGUCAUACAACAAAUUGAGAAGCAUUUGUGCUUGGGAACCUGCUGGAGCUUUGAGUCAGCCAUACAGGAGCCUGUGGCCAUGUGACUGGGAGCCACUUUCAUCCUUCCCAGGGCCCUGGCCAGGGAUGUAGGUUUGCCCUGGUCCCUGUGGGGCCCUGGGCUUUUUCAUCUAAAUUUUGUGAACACGAUAGGAAACAAAUGGGGAAAUCUGCAGCUUUGCUAGUUAGAGUGAGCAGCAGACCAGGUGGAAAUUCGACGGUGACAUCCUGAGGAAGAAGCGCCACAGAAGGACUAGGCCAGUCUGCUGGGAGAAGCACGCAUAUGCAGGGAUGGGCGCAGGCCUGAUGCAAGCAGGCCUGAGGGAAUGGUUGGGGCUAUGGGUUGCUCUGAAACUGGGUCAUGGUGAUGGUUGCUUGGAGUGACCACUUGUCCCAGAGUAUUAAAU